AUGUCAAUCAUAGGGGAAAGAAUCACCAUCCCUGGUGUUUAUAAUAAUCAAAGAUUAGUUGACUGGAUCGAAGAUAAUAAAAUUACAUAUCAUCCCCAAUUAUCCAUUAAUAAAAGUAAAUUAGGAGGAAUUGGAUUAUUUUUCAACAAUGAUGUGAAAGAAGAACUAGAAAAAGAAGAAGAUUUGAUUAUUUUAACCAUACCAGAAUCAUGUACUUUUGAUUAUAUGAAUCUAUUAGAAGUUUUAAAAGAGAUUAAAAUUCGGGAUCAAACAUUUCCAGAUAUUGAAAUCAAAGAAGGUGAAUUAAUAGUUAACCUAUUAGAGAUCAUUGAACCUACUAAAGAAACUGAAAUCUUAAUAUGUUAUUUUGUUUCCAUGAAAAUUUUAAAAGAAAUUCAAAAUGUUAAUAGUAUUUAUUAUAAACAAUCUCCAUUAAGAAAAUUUGAUAUUUAUCUUGAUAUUUUAUUAAAUACAAAGAUAUUAACCUAUCCUAAAAUUGAUAAGAAUGAUAAAGUACUUGAAUCAAUCAUUAAUAUGGAUUCAUUUAUUAAAAAUCAUAUUCAAAGAUGUCAAUAUUUAAAAUUUGAUUAUGAUUCUUAUGUGGGAGAAUUAAAUGUCUUAUAUGAUCAUGAUAUAAAUUUCGAAGAAUAUAUUAUCCCAUUUGAAACCUAUUAUCAAAUAGUUCAAGCCGUUCGUUCGAGAAGUUUAGAAAUCCCUCAUGAACAUCAAGAAAUCAUUGAACAAGUUCAAGCCAUUGAAAAAGAUGUGAGUCAAUUAAAUGAACAAAGUGAACUUAAUGGGAAUGUUACUUUAGAAGAUUUAGUUAAUGGAUUACAUGUUGAUGAUAAAGAGGAAAGUUCAAAUAAUGGAGAAGCAGUAGAGUCAUCGGCGGAUGAUUAUUAUACUAAUGUUACGUUAGUACCCAUAUUAGAUUUUGCCAAUCAUACUCAUCAUAAUAACUCUUAUUUUGAUAUAGAUAGAAGUAAUAAGGAUAUUGUUUUGAAAUUAAAAAGAGAAGCUUUAAAUAAAUGGAAACAAACUAAUGAAAAACGAUUUGAAAUCACGAUUAAUUAUUCUCCUAUUGAAAGUAUUCAAAAUUUCAUAACUACUUAUGGAUUUAUACCGAUAGAGAAGGACCCACAGGAUAAGUAUUUUCAAUUAUAUGAAUUACAAUUAAUCAAUUCAAAUAAAUAUUAUCCCCAUAUAACAGAAAUGUUUAAAUGGUUAAGAAUCUUACCUCAAAUUCAAAUUGUUUUCAAUCAAGAUGAAGUUUAUUUUAAUUUUAAUGAUAAUAAACUUCCGAUUGUAUUUGCAAAGGGGAUUUCAUAUAAUCUGGAAUGGAGAAAAGAUGCCAUUCCCAAAUUCAAAUUAUUUAAUGAUAUUCCCAUUGAUUAUGAUAUUGAUGAUGAUAAGAUCUUACGAAUUUUAAAUCAACAAGAAACUGAAUUUGAUGUUAUAAAUGGAAUUGAACCGAUAGGAAUCAAAUAUCAAGGUAAGAUUAUUGAAGAUGUGAAUGAAGUAUUUGAAAAGGUGAAUGACGAUAAGGAAGUCUAUGAUCAAUUAAUCUUAAAUUCGAUUGAAUUUAUCAUCUAUCAUGUAAAUGAUAAAUUGAAAGUCUUAAAGGAGAAUAUUGAUACUUUAGUGCAAAGUCAAUAUGAUAGGGAUUCGAAUGAUUCAUUUAAUCAAAUGAUGAUUAAUUAUUUUAAUUUACAAAUUAAGAUAUUUAAUAUUGCCAUUAGUAAGUUUAAGAAGGAUCCACAUUCAUUGAUUUUACCGGAUGAGUUAGUGAAUCAUGAAUGGGAAACUAAUUAUAGAUCUUUACCUAAAGAGUUAAUCUUAGAUUGA